CCCGCCCCAGGGCUGCGAGGAGGCGGACGGAAGGAGCUCUCCCGGGGGAACCUCCACCCCAAGGUCGACUCGCCAGAACCUCCGGAACCUUGUGAUGGGCAGCUCCCCGCAGCUGAAGAGGAGCGUCUGUACGGGGGGCAGCAGCACCGGGGGCUGCUCUGGGGGAGGACGCGGCAAAGGCGGGGGCGACUCGGACAGCGCUUCCGUUGCCUCGUCGGCGGAGGAGGAGAUCGGCAGCGGGGCCUCGGUGACGCUGGACCCUUUGGAACACGCCUGGAUGCUCUCGGCCUCGGACGGCAAGUGGGACAGCCUAGAGGCGCUGCUCAUCUGUGAGCCUAGCCUGCUGACCAAGCGGGACUUCAUCACCGGCUUCACUUGCCUGCACUGGGCUGCCAAGCACGGCCGGCAGGAGCUCCUGGCCAUGCUCGUCAACUUCGCCAACAAACACCAGCUGCCAGUGAACAUCAAUGCCAGGACGAGCGGAGGCUACACCGCCCUGCACUUGGCAGCCAUGCACGGGCACGUGGAGGUGGUGAAGUUGCUGGUGGGGGCCUACGACGCAGACGUGGACGUCAGGGACUACAGUGGGAAGAAGGCCUCUCAGUACCUGAGUCAGAGCAUCGCCGAGGAGAUCAAGAACCUGGUGGGAGCCCUGGAUGAGGAUGACGGUGAAAGUGCCUCAGGCGGCGGGGGUGGCCGCUGGAGGCUUUCAAAAGUGCUCCCUUCCCACCUCAUCACCUACAAACUCUCGCACGUCCUGGAGGAUGGAGGGGAUCAUCACCAUCACCACCACCACCACCACCUGGCUGAGGGAUGGGCAGGAGGCAAAGCAAAGGACCCAGGUCGCAAAGCCUCAGGCAGCUCUAGUGGGCGAUUAAAACCCAGACUCAACAAAAUCCACUUCAAAACCCAGAUCAUCCACACCACACCCUUUUUCAGAGACCCGGAGCAGGCCCUGGAGGAGGGGGAGCAGGAAGAAGAGGAUCGAUCUCUUAAAGGCCACUUACCCUCAUUCAAAUUGAGACCGAAGUCCAAUGUAUUUGGAUGUCAGUUUCAUCUCAGGAACUGGCUUCCCCAUUCAGUUAUCUAUUACUCCACAUUUACUGAUGAAUAUGUGACAAGUGCUGCCACCCUUGCACAAUGCCUGGCAUCUUAAAGUGGACCACCAGAACAGGACAGAUUCAAACCCUGCAGCAAUUUGACUUCUAGCCUUAAACUCAUUGGCACUCUUCUUGGAACCCCAAUGGAAUCUAUGUAAAUACUAGAGGCCCGAUGCAUG